GACUCAGUCGCGGUGAUACGGGCGUGGAGCGCGGUGGUGUAUUGUUGCUUCUCGUACUCCUUGUCAGUUAACUUCAGUUGUGCGCUACGAUUGAAUUCUUGUGCGGUGGCUGCACGACGUAUGUUGUCAAUAACCUCUGUGUUUGAUGUAGAAAUUCUUUUAGCACUAUGAUAGUAUGUUGGAAUAUAUAACUGAUUCUUUGAGGAUGGAAGUAUAAACCAUAACUGGAGAGGAACCGUGGACAGUGUGAUGAGGGCACUGCUGUAGGAAAGCGUAGUGUUACUUCAGUGUGUUGUCGCCUCCUUUGUCACUCAAGUUGUAACUUGUAUCGAUGGACCUGUGAGCAUGAAGGCAGUGCGCGGCGUGCAGUGAGUGUAUCCCAGGCCUUGGCACCAUAGCAUGUCCUCCAGUGAGUGUAGCUAAAUACACCCACAUGGAAGGACCGGAAGACAUCUCCAAGGAACCUCCUUGCUGUGAGGAGGAGGUGGAAACCCACCCCGAGCCCACUUCUUUACAGGAGCUGCGGAGCAUCCGUGGGUAUCGCCGCAGAAUGCCAGAGUCCAUGCGGGAGGUGCCCGGUGACGGCCUAUCCCGUCUGGCACGGAUAGGAAAUGGUCUUCGCCGUCGGCUUUCUGGAUCUACUCGUGAUGUCUUCGUAGCAACUCCUGAGGGAGUGUGCGAACCUCGCACCAGCGGCAAUGGGCUUCGACGCCAUCUGUCAGCCUCCAUGAAGGACCUGUUGCUGUCCAGCAUGGCGGUACGCGGUGACGGGCACGAGAGCGAGGGGCUGGGCAGACGACUGUCCCGCCGCCUCUCCUUGCUUGCUGGCAGCGUCGCCAUCAGAGCUGACCACUCCAGGGGCUCCCUAAGGGCUCGCUUCCCCAAUCUUCGACGCACCCGGACGUUUACCGUCACUGUUAUUCUACCAGACUCUUCCGUGAUAUCAGUGGUUGGUGAUGGGACACACACGGUGGGCCAGGCGCUGCGAACCACGGCCCAGGAACACUGCAUGACCACUUUCUCUCUGGCGCUGGCUGACUCCCACGCUGAAGUCGACCUUGAAGCUCCGGCGCACCUGCUGGACGGGGACAUCAUCCUCCUUCAGGACGCCUCGGACUCCCCCGAUCUGAGUAACGAGUCUGAUGCACGUCUGCGGGUGGCCAACGUUCUCGCAGCUUCGGAGAGAACGCUGGGGCGGCGGCUGAGGUGUGUGGAUGAAGUGUACGGCCAGCACCUGCGUCGGCUGUCCUCCGUCAGUCAUUAUGAACACCAGCUCCUGUUCGACAGCGUGCAGCCCAUCAUCGCCCUCUCUGACCAGCUGGUGGAGUCGCUGGAUGCCGCUGUCGCUUCGUGGGAUGCAGAGAACACAUGUCUUAGUUCUUUGUUCGAGGAAGAGGUGUGGGAGCGCUACGAGGAGUAUCUGGAUCUGUACGAGGAAGCCGUCAAGGUGCUGAGGGAGAAGGAGGCUGGCGAUGAGGAGUUCGUGGCGCUGUGUCGACUGCGGCGGGGGGCGGCCAGGCACUCCCUCGUUCAUCUGCUACAUUUACCGGUGGAGCGGCUGUCGGAGUACGAGCAGUACUUCGCCUCGCUGCUCGUCGACACCCACCCUGACCACCCUGACCGCCAGCACCUCGCCACCCACCAUGAUAGACUCACCCAGCUGGUGAGGCGAGGAGAGGAGGAAGAAAGUGAGGUAGAGAGAAUACAGGAGCUUUUCCCUCAUGACGACCUGCGCCUCCACGAGCGAGACCCAAUCACCCAGAAGAUGAAAGGGCUCAUGAGGAAGAGAUCUACCACGGCAGCGCGUUUGCAGCGGGCCUUCAGUGCUAAAGGUUUGCGGGGCCCCAACGCAGAAAACCAGCACAAUAACAACAAAGAUGCCGCCAACAACAACAACAGCAACAAUGGGAGUCCUGGCGGAGGGUUGCCCCCUAACAGAACGCGGGAGGGGCGCCCCAAGAGACAGUUCAUCAUGGAGACGCCGGCCACCUUCACCACGGGCGUGCAGUCCCAGGAGAGACACCUGUUCCUCUUCAGCGACCUUCUGCUGGUGGCCAAGGCGAGAAGUGGAGGCAACUUCAAGCUAAAGGAGAAAGUGCGGGUGUCAGAGAUGUGGCUGUCCUCGUGUCUCGACGACGUGGCGGAGGUGCCCAAGAGUCAGGAGAGCAGCUUCGUCAUGGGCUGGCCCACCACCAACGUCAUCGCCUCCUUUAGCUGCGUGGCAACUAAAGACUUGUGGUAUAACAAGUUGUGCCAGGUGAUAACUGAAGAGCGAGACAAGGAGCCUCCCUCCACCACCAUUCAAGUCACUUACUACGACCCCAUCAACAGCAUCGAUUUUAGCAAGACCGUAAGCAUCAGCUCCACCACGACGGCGCAGGAAUGUGUCUCUCUCACCCUCGAUCACCUGGAGAUGGGUGGCGCCGACUCAUCACAGUUCCAGCUUUGGGUCAAGACUGGAAUGGAUGACUCACCUUACCCUCUUAUUGGCCAUGAGUUUCCUUACGCCAUCAAGAUGAACUGCGUGCGAGACUUGCUGCAGGAUUGUGACGCGGAGCAGUGCAACAACCUGUACAACGCUGAGCUGGUCACGCGAUGUCAGUUUAUCUUGCGUCAAGCACGGAAGCUCUCCUUUGGGUCUCCCGAGGGCAUGAAGAAGGUGUCCAAGAAGGCACGUAAGUCGCCUAUCAGGAUCCACCGGGUAUUCAAGAGAGCCAACAGCAAGGGUGAAUCUCUAGAUGGCAGCGUCAACUCCUGUGCGGGGGCUUUGUACGGCCAGUCCCUGGUGAAGCUGGUCGAGGCUGACAACAUGCUGCCCAAACCUGUCAUGGACAUGCUGUCUCAACUAUUUUUGAAGGGCCCCUUCACUGUUGGGAUCUUUCGCAAGUCUGCCAACGCUCGACUGGUGCGAGAGCUGAGGGAAAAACUGGAUUCAGCAGAUGCAGACAGUAAUCUUGACUUGGAAAGCAUUCACAUCACAGCUGUUGCAGCACUCCUCAAAGACUUCCUGCGCUCCAUGCCUGAUUGCUUGCUGGUUGCUGACCUGUAUGAGGAGUGGCUCGAGUUAUCUCUUAUCAGUGGAUUGAGAGAACGCAUAUCACGCACAUUGUUGCUGUGUUCUCGCCUUCCACGUGCUCACCUCCUUCUCCUCCAGCAUUUCCUGUGUGUGCUGCAUCACAUCACACGACGAGCUUCUGAAAACAUGAUGUCUGCCUCCAACCUGGCAGUUUGUGUUGGACCAUCCAUCUUGUGGCCUUCAUCUCCAGUUCUUGCUCUCAGUCCAGAGGCCUCCAAACAAGUGCCAGCUGUUGUGGAGUUUCUCAUUGAGCGAUGUGGAGAUAUAUUUGGUGAAGAUGUCCUACAUCUCCUAGGUGAGCCUCCAGAGAGAGACCCCAUGAGGCAGGACAGUGGUGCAGAGGAGUCUGAUAGUCUCCAUAGUCUUCACAGUGGCCACAGCCUGCACAGCUCAGGAGGCAUGAGAAGAGAUGACAGCAGCAUCGACUCACUGGAGCGUGAGCUCCUCCAGGAAGGUGAACUCUCUCCUCUGCCACGGAAAGACAAAAUGUCUCUAACUAAUCUGAGCCGUGACUCAGGACUGACCAUGAGUGACUCACAACUGUAUACUCCCGAUGAAGAAGAGAGUGAAUCUACCAGCUCUGGACAUUCUGGCGCUGAUAAAAGUGUCAGUAACUACAGUAGUGGUGGCCACUCUGAACGGUCUGGCGAGCGAUUCCAGCACUACACAGCCCCUAACAACCCUAAUGCAAUAUAUGCUUCUGUAUAUCGCAGACCGGACAAGGUACCAGUUGGAUAUGAUGAUCCAGAAAAUUAUUAUGCUGCCCCAAGUAGGGAACAUGCUCGGAUACAGAUCACAUACUCUACCCCAGGUUAUGUCCACGGUGGCUCAGGACAGGGGAAGGAAUACACCAGAGUGUACCAGAGCCGGCAGGACUGCAUGAGUGAUGUGUAUAGGAAAGGACAAGAAGAAGACUCCAUAUACAGUGUUCCUCCAACAGGCUCUGGCACCAUGGUUAACCCCCCACCUUUUGUUGUCAAUUCCAACUUCCAGCGCCACGACUGGAUGCGCCGACGAUCAAAUCUACGUAAGGUGUCUCGAUCAAGUAGUGGAGAUGGGAGUUUGGUCAGAUCAAAUUCUGAGGAGUCUCUUCUAAACAAAUAUAAUGGACUAGAAUAUGGUAUAUCUUUAGGGCCCAGUGGUGUGGGCAACAAGCGGCCUGCACAGCACGGGAAGGGCCGUGCUCCACCACCACCUCCCGAUGAAGACGAAGGUAUGGUUGGAGGUCGGGAGUCACCCAUUCGUAGAUCUAAAUCUGCUCACUACUUAACAGAACCUGCUCGUGAGGAACGAAUGGGACGGUCCCCAGACAACACCCCGGCUGUGUCCCGAUCCUCCUCCCAUGAUGCUGUGUCCUGGCACCGCUCCAGGUCCACUCCCCAAAUACAUGAUGAAGCUGACCGAUCCUACGAUUCUUCCACUUUGAGUGAUGACGAUUCAACACCACAUGUCUCAAGAUCAAAUUCAAGAGGAAAAGAGUAUGGUGGUGGUGGUCUCAAUACUUGGGAAGCUAUUUAUGGCAAUGAACAUGCACCAUCUGACUCUGGUGAAUCUCAUAAUUCUCGUAAUUCUUCCUUCAAGAGUGAGAGGACAGGAAGUAUGUGUACAGUGGUAUCUGCUGGCAGCACCUCCACUCUUGCCUCCAAUCCACCCUCAUAUGAAGAAGCACUAACACGACGUUCUCUCAUGUAUCGUGGAGGACAGCAGCAAGGACCUGUGCAGGGAUCUCCUUCAGGGAGAGACGGCCACUUCAAUGAAUAUGCCAUACGUGAGGAAAAGAUGAAGUCAGCAAGAGCCAAGCAACUGUAUGAAGAGUCUUUGAGAAUCUACCAAGAGGAAAACACAUACCCAAGUGAUUUAGUACGUGCCUCCCCAGCUCAAGCAGAAGACAGUGAUGAGUAUGAGCGACCGCCACCAUUGCCACCCAAGUCAGAGCCCCCACCACUUCCUCCCAAGCAGCGAAGUAACCGUAGAGUAAGUGAUGGCCUGGGACGCCUCAAGCACCUGCCUCCUGUCCAUGUUGAGACUCAGGCUCGCAAGUCGCGGUCAGUUUCUUCCUUACCCACGUCUUAUGGAUGUGACCCACCGUACCACAAAACCAUCAUUUACACAGAUGACAGUCCACCUUCCCUCCCUCCCAAAGAACGGACAGUGAUUGAAAUUGAGUCUGCUUACUCACAAAUACCAGAAUCACGGGUAAGACAGACGACCAGCCGAGCAAUCUCACCUCCCAGAGUAGAGAAGAAGAGCAUUGAGACGCAAACAGAUGAUUAUGACUUGGAGGAUGAAGUGAGAGAUGAAGGUAUUCAGACAUCAGGCUCCUGGGCGCAGGAUUCACACGUGACCUCUGUGUCUGUCCCAGACACCAAUGCACACAAUGAGAAACGUCGUGGGAGAGCAAGACGACGGGACUCUUCAGCAUCUCACCGCAGCAAGAGUGUACCCUCCCGUGACUCUUGUCCUGUGCAGCACCCAGACUCUGAUGGUGGUGAGGAGGAAGACUGGGACUACCACACCACUCCCUCUCUACAAGACUUCUCAGGCCAUGCUGCACUCCGGGACUUGCGUCAGUUAGACCCAGACAUAAGGCAAGAAAUUAGUUGGUCAGUAUCACAGUUGAGAGCAAUAUUUGGAGAAACCUUGAAGGGUGCUAAGGUUCAUCCUCCUCCCUAUCGACCACCACCCUCCGCCCACCGUGCCCCAAUUACCUCUUAUCACCUUGGGGCAGGAGACUCCUUUACCUCAAGAAAGUCACGUCCACACUCUAACUACGGCGAAGAGUCUUACGUCUAGCAAAGAGUGCCCUCGGUCUCACCUCUGCCCACCGCGCUUGUUCACUCAGCGGCUGCACUACCUGCCUUCAUUGCCGCCACUAACACAGCAGACUCUCUGUUAGAUUAUUCUUCUAACGUACUAAAUGCUCAAGACGAUAAGCUUUUGUAUGUAUCUGUAUCAUAAUUUGUAUAUUUUGUACAGAGUUAUCCUCUAAGUCAUUAGAAUAAGGCCUUAUAUGAUUGUCAUAUUGGAGAAAUUGAGUAAGAAAUGGAGUCUGACUACUGACAGAUUUGCCACCUCUGCCUCUCUUUCUCCAGCCCACGUCACCAAACCUUAUUGUAAAAUAUUAUUACUAACUAUACCAUAAUUGUUUAUAUGUUGUUAAUAAAAUUGGAGAUAUAUGUGAA